AUGGAUCGCAGCUUCGCUCCCACUCCUCCCGAGACACAGCCACAGGGAGCCGCCUUCUCCCACAGCCACGUGCUGGGGCACCCUGCCCGCUCCUCCAGGCUCUCCGGGGGUGUUUCCCCGCUCCUUCCAGUCCACAGGAAGACCAUCCAUCUGGACGCCUUUCCCAAAAGCCACAUCCCCCAGACCUCUGGCCGCCCCGGCCCCGCAGUCAGGGCCUGGAGCAUGCCACUGCAGGAGACUUGCAGUGUGCCAACGACCUCCACCCUGACUGCCAACAGCGUCGCGCCCAGGAAGCUGAGCUCCAUUUCCCUGAAGAUCUCUCAGAGCAGUCACUCCAGCCCCCUCCUUUCUCACUGCGAGGAGUUGCCCACCCUGGGCAAGGAGGCUGCCACGCAGGCGGGAGGCAGGUUGUUGGCUCUGGCCGACUCACCACCUGUGAAUCUGCCGUCAGGGGGCGCAGUGCACUCGGAGGGGCCUGGGAACCCAGAGCUGGUCAAGCCCAGCAGGAUGCCCACUGUGCCCAGCAGGAUGCCCGCUGUGAGAAAGCCACUAGUGUGCUCCUGCCUGGCCUUGCCUUUCCAGAGCCAGUUGACCCAAAGUUCGCCAGGCUUUGUCGGGCUGGGCCGGGAGGGGCCGGGGCACACCAGGACUUCCCCGGGGAGAGGGAAAUCCCGCUCCAGGGGUCUCCCCAGACCACAGAGAGGUGCCCAAAGGGCCAAUGCUGUGAUGAGCUUGUCUUCCCAGGACACAACCAAGGCAGAUGUAUCCAGACAGUUAGCGGCCAUGGGCAGAACCAGGCCUACCUUGAGCAUCAGCUUGGCUGCCCAAAACACAUCCAGACGGGACACAGGCACGGAGUUCCCUGCUCUGGAUACCACUUUGGGCAAAGCCAUGAACUUGGCCUCAGCGGGUAAAGCCAAGUCAGGCAUCGGCCUGAAUCUGAUCACAGUACAGACCACCAAGCCGAGCAAGAUCGUGGACUUGAGGAUGGCAGCCCCAGACAAGCUGGGCAGAGGCAUGGCAACCGCAGCCACGGCCAAGCCAGACCUGGCCACAAGGGACAUAUCCGUGGAUUUGGACACACCAGAUCUAAACAAGCUGGCACCAAGCACAGCGAUGGGGGAUAUAGCCAGGUUGGGGACACCUAUGGCUUUGGCCAGAGCAAAUACAGCCAAGGUGGACCUAGCUCGAGAAUCCCCCACUUGGAACACAAGCAAGCACAGCCCAGCCAUGAGCUCUGUCGUCCCGGGGUCCCCAGAGCCAGCCUGCGGGGACACCACACUGGAUGAUGCUGAUCACCUGUCCCCAUGGGACAUGGCUACCUGCCCACCAACAGCAAGAAGCAGCAUGACCCCGGAACAUGGCACAGUGGCAUUUGCCACACAGGAACUGGCCAGAGCAUACAAAGGGCUCCCCGAGACCAGGACGGACGCAGCCAUGUCAGAGCUGGUGCCCGAGCCCAGGCCUAAGCCGGCAGUGCCCAUGAAGCCUGUCAGCAUCAACUCCAACCUGCUGGGUUACAUCGGCAUCGACUCCAUCAUCGAGCAGAUGCGCAAGAAGACCAUGAAGACCGGUUUUGACUUCAACAUCAUGGUCGUGGGCCAGAGCGGACUUGGCAAGUCGACGCUGGUCAACACGCUCUUCAAGUCUCAAGUGAGCCGCAAGGCCUCCAGUUGGAGCCGGGAGGAGAAGAUCCCCAAGACGGUGGAGAUCAAAGCCGUCGGGCAUGUGAUAGAGGAAGGCGGGGUCAAGAUGAAGCUGACGGUCAUAGACACCCCGGGCUUUGGAGACCAAAUCAACAAUGAGAACUGCUGGGAACCUAUUGAGAAGUACAUCAACGAGCAGUACGAGAAGUUUCUGAAGGAGGAGGUCAACAUCGCCAGGAAGAAGCGCAUCCCCGACACUCGUGUCCACUGCUGCCUCUACUUCAUCUCGCCCACGGGACACUCCCUGCGACCUCUGGACCUGGAGUUCAUGAAGCACCUCAGCAAGGUGGUGAACAUCGUCCCAGUGAUCGCCAAGGCCGACACCAUGACGCUGGACGAGAAGUCCGAGUUCAAGCAAAGGGUCCGUAAGGAGCUCGAAGUCCACGGCAUCGAAUUCUACCCCCAGAAGGAGUUUGAUGAGGACCUGGAGGACAAGACGGAGAAUGACAAAAUCCGGCAGGAGAGCAUGCCUUUCGCCGUGGUGGGGAGUGACAAGGAGUACCAAGUGAAUGGCAAGAGGGUCCUCGGCAGGAAAACCCCCUGGGGGAUCAUCGAAGUGGAAAACCUGCACCACUGUGAGUUUGCCCUGCUCCGAGACUUUGUCAUCAGGACUCACCUCCAGGACCUCAAGGAAGUGACGCACAACAUCCACUAUGAGACUUACAGGGCCAAGCGGCUCAAUGACAAUGGAGGCCUCCCCCCGGGAGAAGGCCUCCUGGGCACUGUCCUUCCACCUGUGCCAGCCACCCCCUGCCCCACUGCUGAAUGA